AUGAAUCAACAAGAACUUGUUUACUUAGCCUAAACCCUUCAAGAAAUCCUAAACAACGACAACAAUAUCCGUAAAGCUGGUGAGGAUAAGCUUAACGCUAUCAAGCUUGGUGAGCCAGACAAGUAUACCUGCUAUCUCAUCUCAGUUAUGCAACAAGCCGAAUACAAUGCCGAAGUAAAGAGCUUAGCUGCCGUCAUCCUUAGAAGAAACAUCUCAUCUACUGCUGCUGACUCCCAAGAUCUUGCCAAUCAAGCUAACAACGCUAAUUUAUGGAAGAGAUUAUCAGCUGAGGCAAAGGAGUUCGCUAAGGUAGAACUCUUAAAAACCAUCUCAGCUUGCAAUGACAAAGUUAUCUUAAGCAAGAUUUGCAACUUGAUCAUUGAAGUUGCUGGUACCAUUUAUGACUAAGAAGAGCAAGUAUGGCAAGAGCUCCUCCAACUCUUAUUCACCUUCGUUAACUCUGAGGCUGAUAUCUAAGUUGAUGCUGGUCUUUAGAUCUUCAAUGGACUUUUCUCAUAUCUUAUGGAUCACUUGGUGAAAUUCAAGACUGAUCUCUUAAGCAUCUUCGCUAAGACUCUCUAACACAAGUCACUUGACAUCAACCUUGCAGCCCUCUAAGCCGUCUCAAACUUCUUACAAAUCGCUGAAGGUAAAGAUACCAAGGACUUCUACCCAAUACUUCCAGCUAUGGCUCAAGUUGCCGUAAAAGCUCUUCAAGAAGACGACGAGACUGUCCUUGAAGACGUUCUAGUUGAGUUCAAUGAAAUCGCUGAAAUUGAGCCAAAGUUCUUCAGAAAGAAUUUCAAGGAUCUAUUCAACCUCUUCCAACCAAUCGUUGCCAAGAAUGACUAUACCAACAAGACUAUUAGACAUCAACCAGUUGAGUUUGCAGUCACAGUUGUUGAGAGACUUCCAAACCUCGUCAAGAAAGAUCUCGAUACUCUCAAGACCCUCUUAGACUUAAUCUUUAAACUUAUGAUCGAUAUUGAUGAAGAUAUUGACGAAUCAUGGAUGAAGCCAAAGGAAGGAUUCAAGAUUGAAGAAGAAGAGGAAGAGGAGGACUCAGUCCACUUCGGAAAAGUUCAAGUUGACAGACUCGUAUCUUGUAUUGGUGAGGAGAUCAUGCUUCCACUUCUCAGUCAACUUGUUACUACAACUCUCUCAAACACUUAAGACUGGAGAUUUAAGAAUGCUGGUCUUAUGGCUCUUUCCCAAGUCGGUGAGUAUAUUGAUGAUAUCUCAAAGAUCAGUCCAAUGAUCCCAGUUGUCGUUCAACACUUCGCUCACACCAAUCCAAAGAUCAGAUAUGCUGCUCUCCAUUGUAUUGGACAGAUUGCUGAUGAUAUGACUGAGGAAUUUCAAGAUAAUUUCCACGAAUCAGUUCUGCCAGCAUUGAUCAAUAUGCUUUCAGAUCCAGUUCCAAGAGUUUAAGCUCACACUUGCGCCGCUCUUACUAACUUCUUCGAAGGUUGCAGUGAGGAAAUUGCUGCACAAUACAUCCAAGCUACACUUCCAAAACUUUCAGAACUUAUCCAAAAUGGAAUUUCAAUCAUCAAGGAAAACGCUGUUACUGCUCUUGCUUCCCUCGCUGAAGCUGCCAAGAAUGGAUUCGAUGCAUACUUUGAUGAUUGCAUUAAGUUCCUCUGUGGAUAUUUAACUGCUUACAAUGAACCUCACUACAAACAGUUCAAGGGUCAAGUAAUAGAAAGUAUCACUAUUGUUGCUGCUUCAGUUGGACUUGAUAAAUUUAGACCACAUGCAGCUACUGUUAUCAAUGCCAUGCUUGAAGUUCAAAACAAGCAAUUGGAUUCUAAGGAUCCAUAAAGAACUUACCUACUCUCAGCCUGGCAGAGAAUAUGUCUUCUGAUGAAGAAAGAAUUCACCCCAUUCUUGCAUCAGAUUCUUCCAUCUAUCUUCCAAAUGGCAGCUCUUAACGCUCAAAUGAGUAUUCAAGGUAACGAAAAUACUGCCAGUAUUAUUGAUGUUUUGAGUGAAGUUAAACCAACUGAGACCUCAAAAGAUAACAAGCAUCACUUCAGCAUCACCACUGAUGAAAUUGAAGAGAAAGAUGUAGCUAUUCAAAUGCUAGCUGUUUUCAUUGAUGAGCUAGGUGGUGGAUAUGUUGACUGGAUUGAGCCAACCAGCAGAAUCCUCAUUACCCUUAUUUCUUAUGAAGCUAAUGAUAGCAUUAGAAACUCAGUAGCAGGUGCUCUACCAGGUCUUAUUAAGUGUGCAAAGGAUGCUAACCAAGCUAACAAUGAACUCCUGAUUAACAUGGGAAGAACCUAUCUAGAUGCCAUCUGGAAAGCUGUUCAAAAUGAAACUGAGACUGACACAAUGAUCUGCCAAGUAUAAGCAAUGAGAGAAAUUAUUGAUGAAGUUGGUGCUGGAUUCCUUAAUCAAGAGACUGUUGAUGCCCUCUAUAAACAACUUGUUGAUAUGUACUACAAAUCUGGUCAAAGAAUCAAUGAGAACAAUGAUAUUGCUAAGAAUGAAGACAAAGAAGAUGAAGAUGAUGAACUUGAUCAAGAUGAGCUCGAAGUCAUCAAAGAAGAGAACAAAAACGAAUAUGACUUACAAUUAUCACUUGCUGAGAUUAUUGGAAUCAUCUUCAAAACUCACGCUAACCUCUCAGGAAACAUUGUUACUGAUCUCUUUAACACUCUUUUAACUGAGACCCUUCAAUCCGAGGAAAAACAAAAGAACAAGUUUGCUCUAUUCAUUAUGGACGAUUUAGUUGAGUACCUUGGACCUGAAAUUCUCGGAGCUCACUACGCUAAUGUUGCCACUCAAAUCAUUAAGUUCUGCGCUUCCCCAGUUGCUGCUCUUAGACAAGCUGCUUCAUAUGGUAUUGGAGUUAUGGCAAAGAAUGGAGGUGCACAUUUCCAAACUGUUGUCAGCCAAUGCCUUGAGGGACUCAGAGUUGCCAUUCAAUACGAAAUGCCCGCAGCUAUCAAGGAGAAGAAAUCUAAGGUAAAGUAAUUCAGCCAUGCCAAGGACAAUGCUGUCUCAGCCCUAGGAAAGAUCAUCAGAUAUUAAACUGCCACUAUUGAUGCCCCAUCAAUUAUUCCAGGAUGGUUGAACCUCUUACCAAUCAAGGGUGAUGUUGAGGAGGCUAAGAUUCAAAAUGAAAUUCUAGCUUCACUCCUCGAAGAAGCUCCAUAAGUACUUCUAGGUGAUCAAUAUCAAAGAUUUGAAUAAGUAGUCUUGAUCCUAGGAGAAAUCCUUGAUAAGAAAUACGUAGAAAAUGAAACUGGAGCUAAAUUAGCCAAGUUCAUUAAAUAACUCGCCGGAGAUGCCAACCUCGGCCCUCAUUUCAAGGUCAUUUUUGACAAUAAAUUAAGCGCUGAGGCUAGAGCAAGAAUCGAAAAGGCCAUGAGCUUUGUUCAAUGA